AUGGCAGACGUGGAUGACCAGAUCAAGACUACAAAGAAGCGAAGAAGGAAACAUGGGAAAUCUGUUCCAGAAGGAGAUGAUGGGAAGAAACCGGUGCAGGAUGACAUCAAGUCUGCGACUGAGUCCGCUACUCUCUCCCCCCUGCUCAAUCAAGCCGUUCAGAAACCUCACAAGAAGCGGAAGACAAGCCACGACUCAGACUUAAAAGAUUCCUCCAACCCAGAGAAGGCGGUCCAAGUGGAGAGUCCGGCGGGCUCUGCGCCUGAAGACUCUGAUGCAGCAACUUCCCAGGUUGAGGACAAUGACACGACAGACAUUGUCAACGGCUCGCAUGCACCGCAAACAACGACUGAUCUCCCUACGGACUCUACCCCAUCCCUACCACAGGUAGAAGCAAGCGCUCAGACUUUCGCUGAGCUCAACCUUUCCGAGAAGACCAUGAAAGCAAUAGAAGGCAUGAACUUUUCCAAUAUGACUGAAAUACAACAAAGAGGCAUACCACCGCUUUUGGCAGGUCGUGAUGUACUUGGUGCUGCAAAAACGGGAUCAGGAAAGACGUUGGCGUUUCUGAUACCAGCUGUGGAAAUGCUCUCGGCCUUGCGCUUUAAGCCUAGAAACGGCACUGGAGUCAUCGUUGUAUCACCCACUCGUGAGCUUGCAUUACAGAUCUUCGGGGUGGCUCGAGAGCUCAUGGCUCAUCAUUCCCAAACAUACGGAAUUGUCAUUGGUGGGGCGAAUAGACGGGCUGAAGCAGAAAAAUUGACAAAGGGGGUCAAUUUACUGAUUGCGACGCCUGGACGACUAUUGGACCACUUGCAAAACACCCAAGGCUUCGUUUUCAAGAAUGUCAAAGCUCUCGUUAUUGAUGAAGCAGACCGCAUCUUAGAGGUAGGAUUUGAAGAUGAAAUGCGUCAGAUUAUCAAAAUUCUUCCUAAAGAAGAGCGGCAAACCAUGCUUUUUUCAGCUACACAAACCACAAAAGUCGAAGAUUUAGCCAGGAUUUCCUUGCGUCCCGGGCCUCUCUACAUCAAUGUCGAUCAUAAGAAAGAGCAUAGUACAGUGGCUGGAUUAGAGCAAGGCUAUGUGAUAUGUGAUAGCGACAAGCGAUUCCUCCUCCUAUUCUCCUUUUUGAAAAGAAACCUCAAGAAAAAGAUCAUCGUUUUCUUCAGCAGCUGCAACUGCGUCAAAUAUCACGCCGAAUUACUGAACUACAUUGACCUACCUGUCCUCGAUCUGCAUGGUAAACAGAAACAGCAGAAAAGAACAAACACAUUCUUUGAAUUCUGCAACGCCAAACAAGGCACCCUGAUCUGCACCGAUGUCGCAGCUCGUGGUUUGGAUAUCCCAGCGGUAGAUUGGAUUGUACAGUUCGACCCUCCGGAUGACCCGAGAGAUUACAUCCACAGGGUCGGACGGACAGCGCGAGGCUCGAAUGGCACAGGGAGAAGUCUGAUGUUCUUGCAGCCGAGCGAGGUGGGUUUCUUGAUACAACUGAAGGAGGCGAGAGUGCCUGUUGUAGAGUUUGAGUUUCCUGCAAAGAAGAUUGUCAACGUGCAGAGUCAGCUGGAGAAGCUGAUUGGGCAAAAUUAUUACCUUAAUAAGUCAGCAAAGGAUGGCUACCGAUCCUACCUCCAAGCUUAUGCUUCGCAUUCUCUUCGUUCAGUGUUUGAUGUCAACAAACUCGAUCUCAUCAAAGUUGCCAAAAGCUUUGGUUUCUCCACGCCGCCGAGGGUGGACAUUCAGCUUGGAGCGAGUAUGAGUCGGGAUAAGAAACAGAAUGGAAGGAGGACGUAUGGAAGUCAGCCCAAACAGCAUGGUGGUGUUAGAUUCAAACGGAAGUAUAAUAAUGGUGAUAGUUAA